UGCCCUUUCUUGGGGUCAUGAUGGGCAGCAAGAUGGCAUCUGCUAGCAGGGUAGUGCAGGUAGUCAAGCCACAUACUCCAUUAAUAAGGUUCCCUAACAGAAGAGACAAUCCUAAACCUAAUGUAUCAGAAGUUUUGAGAUCAGCAGGACUACCAUCUCACUCUUCUUUAAUUUCUCAGCAUUCUAAGGGAAGUAAAUCAUCAGAUUGGCUGAUACAUCAGGGUCCACCAGACACUGCAGAAAUAAUAAAAAUAUUACCUCAGAAAUAUAAAAGGAAACUUGUGUCUCAAGAAGAAGUUGAAUAUAUACAACGUGGAGGUCCUGAAUAAUCACUGACACUGUGGCUGCUGUUUGUUACCAAGCAAAAGAAUUGUCAUUACAAUAAAGGACUUCCAAAAUGACUAAUGAGAAAUUAUACAUUAAACAACUUAAAUAAAUUUUCUGUAAAAAAAAGAAAUAUAGAAAACUUAGAUAGAUAAUUGUAUUUCUUAAUUUAUGUAUCUUGGUCAGCUUUUCCACAAGCUAACCUAAUUUUUAUAUACUUUAUACUUAUUAAAGUACACAUUUUAAAA